UAUUCGUGCACACGAACAGGAUCAGUCAUAUCUCAGCUCACGGCGAGGAAAAUCAUUGCCAACGCUUCGUCCUCAAAUCUAGAAAGCAAAAUGCUGGUUUUGGUGUUAGAAAUAAGGAGUUGUGGAUGAAAGAAGAACCCGCCGAUGGAAUUAUCACGUCUGAUGUUGCUGCGAUUUCUCCUCACCGUGGUGUUUAACUCGGCCUUUGUCACCACCUGUUUGGAUCAAGAGUUCCCCUGUGGUCAGGGGUCGUAUGUGGAGAAGGCCUCCGUGUGUGACUUCACUGAUGACUGUGGAGACGGCAACGGUGAAGAAAACUGUUCUGCACACACAAGGUGUGAUUUUGAGCAUGGAUUCUGUGACCUGACCCAAAGCUCAGAAACUCUCUCUGACUGGAUCAGAACUACUGAGGCUGCAGGACUCAAACAUGACCACACCAACUCCUCAGGAUAUUUUCUGUCCCUUUUACCUGAAGAGGGAAACCGAACCUCAGCAGACCUGAACAGCCCCGUUUUCUGGUCCACUUCCACCUGUCGGAUGGGUUUCUAUCAUUAUGUUGAUGUAAAACAUGGAGAUCUACAGGUUCUGGUUCGGUCUGCAUCAGCAGAUCUGAUCACUGAAGUGUGGAAGUUCUCCACACAGCUGCAGACACCAGCAACAUGGCAGCGGACAGUCAUUGAAUUUAACUGCAAUCACAGUUUCCAGGUGGUGAUUCGAGGAGAACUUUCAGCCAACUCUGGAGUGUCUGAAGUUCUGGCUGUUGAUGACUUCUCCUUCGGCCCCGGCUGCCUGGUCCUCCCUGUAGAGAGCAGUACAUCUACUCCAUCUCCCUGCCCGCACUCCUGGUUUCACUGUGGUGCAGGGGAAUGCGUCGAGGAGAGCAAAGUGUGUGACUUCACUAAAAACUGUCCUAACGGAGAGGAUGAAGCCAGCUGUCCCUCUGAGUGCAACUUCGAGAGGGGUUCGUGUGGCUGGUAUGAAGUCACCCUCGGCGAUGGGUUUGACUGGAUCAGAGGAUCGUCAGUGGAUGUACCUCCAGACUACUAUGGCCAACCACCUCUACCAGACCACUCCACCAACACCACACAAGGUCAUUUCUUGUUUAUACUGAAGAACAGCAGCAGUUUGUAUCCAAAAGCAAUUCUCAGGGGACCCUGGUUCCAGCAGUCGGCCUCAGGGUGCACCAUGACCUUCUGGCAUUAUAACUCAGGGGUGUCCAUCGGUGCUGCUGACAUGUACCUCAGAUUUAAAGGAGUUCAAAACAACACCGUGAUAUGGACCACGCUGUACGACCAGGGACGGCGCUGGAACCAUGUCAUCGUCCGUCUAGGCCGCAUCACUCAACCCUUUCAGAUCGCUUUGGCCAAAAUCAGCCUUGGCGUGUUCGAUGGCAUCUCUGCUUUUGACGACGUCUCCUUCCAAAACUGUUCAAUGCCACCCGCGGUGGUGUUGUGCCCCACGGAAACACAUUUCCACUGUGUGAACACUAAAGCGUGCGUGGAGCGUCUGCAGCUCUGCGACCUCGUGGACGACUGCGGGGAUGGGUCGGAUGAGGAGGGAUGCUCUCCAGAGCUUCAGUGUGACUUUGAAGACGGACUUUGCAACUGGAAACAGGAAAGCAGUGGAGAAGACGAGUUUGACUGGACCCACAUCAGUGGCCCAACUCCAACCUUGGAUACGGGCCCUUGGAAGGACCACACGCUGGGCACCAGGGAUGGUCACUACCUUUUCAUCGAGUCCUCCUCCCCUCAGGAGUUUAAGGACACAGCUGUCCUGCUAAGUCCAGUGUUUCAACCCACCUACCAGCCUGGACAGGACCCAUCCUGGUCCCGCCACCACAGCUGUGUUUUCCGCUUCCACUACUGUAUGUUCGGAUCGCACGUGUUUAGUCUGGCGGUAUACCUGAGGACCACGGCUACAGGCCGAGGACCCACGCUCUGGGCAAAAUAUGGAAACCAGGGGAACUUAUGGCACAUGAAGACUCUGUACCUCCACAGUGCUAAGCCUUUCCAGAUUUUAAUUGAAGGCACAGUUGGGGAUGAUUUUAAAGGAGACAUCGCCAUUGAUGAUCUUUCCUUUCUGAAUUGUGAGAAAUCAGAUGGGGAGCUGCCCUCUCUGAUCACCCCAGCAGUGACCACUCCACCCCCCACUGUGCUGCCCCACAGCUGCCCUGAAGGCCAGUUUGUGUGUGGAGCCUAUGGAGAGUGUGUGAACUUCACUCAAGUGUGUGACUUCAAACAUGACUGCUCUGAUGGAUCAGAUGAAGCAAACUGCGUGAAGUCAGCGUGUGAUUUUGAAGGUGGUGAUACUUGUGGCUGGACAAUCGUCAAUUCACCUUUAGUUCCAAAUCAUGCGUUUAUCUGGGCGGCUGACCAGGGGGAAACGAUCCAUGAAGGAGAGCAGAAUCACCGUCCUGCAAACGACCAUACUUUGAACAGCCCUGCAGGGUGGUAUAUGUGUGCUGACAGUUCAAAUGGUGCCCACGGUCAAAUCUCUGACCUCCAAACAUCCAUCGUGUCCUCCACUGGGCCGUUCUGCACGCUGGUCUUCUGGUACCACAUGAGUGGAUUCACCGUGGGAUCUCUGCAGGUGCUGCUUAGCCAUAAAAAUGUCACCCGAGUGGUUUGGUCUCAAACGGGUAACCAAGGCAACAAAUGGAGACGAGGAGAGGUGUUUCUGGGGUUAUUGAACCAAAUCCAGGUGGUAUUCAGGACUAAAAGGGGAAUCAGCUACAUGGGUGAUGUAGUGAUAGACGAUGUCAGCUUCCAGGAUUGCUCCCCUCUUCUUCCAUCCAACCAGCCGUGCACAUCGGAGCAGUACGCCUGCGCUAACAGCCACUGCAUCCCUCAAGACAACUUGUGUGACUUUAUCAACCACUGCGGGGACAACUCAGACGAGGACCCCUACAUCUGCAGGGGCUUCAGCGGGCACUGUGAUUUUGAGUUUGACCUCUGUUCCUGGCGCCAGUGCCAACAAGAUGACUUUGAUUGGUUGAUCAAAGCAGGCAGCACUCCAACAAUUGGAACCGGGCCAUCGAGUGACCACACUCUGAGAGACCCAUCGGGACACUACCUAUACUUGGAGAGCUCUUUUCCGCAGGCAGUGGGGGAUGCCGCCCGUGUUAUCGGUCCCUUGCUGAGCCGAAGGAGCUCACAGUGUAAGAUUCGUUUCUACUUACACAUGUCUGGAGACGGCAUCGGGACCCUUAGCGUGUUUUCUAAAACCGAAGGACAUCUUGACCUCCUGCUGAACCUGACGGGAGACCAGGGCAACAACUGGCAGAUGAGAGAGAUCCAGCUGAGCUCCUCUAGAGACUUCCAGGUGGUGUUUGAGGGCAAGGUGGGGCGCGGAGAGAAGGGGGACAUCUGUCUGGAUGAUAUCACCUUCUCUCCUGGGUGCCUUCUGGCCUCCUCUGCUACAGCGAACGCCACUCCUCCUCCAGCAGGGUUUUGUCCAGCAGGCACAGUUGGGUGUGAAAAUGGCAGGUGUUUCACACCAGAGCAGAGUUGUGACUUCACAGAUGAUUGUGGAGAUGGCACCGAUGAAAAGGAUUGUGGGACGUCGUGCUCUUUCGAAAGCGGUCGCUGUGGUUGGAAGAGCUCACUGGCUGAUAACUUUGACUGGGCUCUCCGUACCGGAUCAGUUCAAAGCAUACGGCCUCCAUAUGAUCACACACUGAUGGACGAAAAUGGUCAUUUUAUCUAUCUGGAAGCGACGCCUGUGGGACUGAAAGGUGAUAAAGCUCACAUUAAAAGCUCUGUUUGGAGAGAGUCCAGCGCCAUCUGCAAGCUCUCCUUCUGGUACUACAUUUCCCAUAAGGCCACAGGAACCAUACGGCUGCUGAUCAAGACGGAGAACAGCUUAAUGGAGAUGUGGAACAAAACGGGGCACCAGGGAAACAAGUGGAACCGAGCAGAAGUCCCUCUGAGGAACCUGAGGAGGUUUGAGGUGAUCUUUGAGGGGAUUCGAUCGAUGGACGUGAGCGGAGGAGCAGCGCUGGACGACCUGGAGUUCAUCGACUGUAGUCCAGGUCAAGUGGAGCCGGGCGGCUGUCCUGCUGUCACUGACUUUGUGUGUCACGGCGGCGGCUGCGUCGAGUCCCACCUGGUGUGUGACAGUCACGCCGACUGUGCUGAUGAAUCUGAUGAGAUGGACUGCGACUUCAUUUACGACUCACCCGGUGCUUGUGACUUCAACGUGAAGGACAGCUGGGAGGAGAGGUGCCAGAUCAUUCAGGACUCUGAUGAUGACUUCGAUUGGAGGUUCGAUCACAAAACGGAGACACCAGGAGCCGGACCUUCAUCAGACCACAGUCCAGGUGGCGAGGGGAACUUCCUGUAUGUACACUCGGCCUCUCAGAGGGAGGGCGAUGUUGCCAAGGUGACGACCAUAAAUCCGUUUCCUGCCAGCACUGGUUUGUGUCACCUGCGCUUCUGGUUCUUCAUGCAUGGCUCUGACAGGAUGGGAACGCUAAAGGUUUAUACCGUUGGAUCCAGUGGUACACGUUUGCUGAUGUGGGCAACGACUGGAAACCAUGACAACCAGUGGACCUACGCCAACAUCAUCUUGUCCAACACGCUGCCAUUCAGAGUGACGUUUCAGGCGGAGGUGGGUGGAGACAUGUGGACAGACAUCGCCCUGGAUGACAUCUCCUACACAGCAGAAUGUACCGUUGGAGGACCAGUAACCCCACAGCCCCUGACCUGCAGCGUGGACCAGUUCCAGUGUGCCUUCUACUUCCAGUGCAUCCCAAAGAGCUGGUGGUGUGAUGGAGAGCUGGAUUGUGCAGAUGGAUCUGAUGAAGAGCGCUGCCCGACUAGAGUACCUGGAACUCUUCCCCCUCAGGAUCACUGUCCUGUUGGGUUUUAUCAGUGUUCCGAUCUCCGGUGCGUCCCCUCUGUACUGCGCUGCGAUAGAGUCUUUGACUGUGCUGAUGGAGAGGACGAACACGGCUGUCCCGUGCUGCAGUGUGAGCCGGGAGAGCUCAUAUGUGAAAGUUCACCUGGGUGUAUCCCACUUCAGAGGAGAUGUGACGGCUCUGCUGACUGCCUGCCCUUCCACCCUGAUGAGUCCAGUUGUCAUGGAUGCCCACCGAGGUAUUGCCUGAACCUCGGUGUCUGCCUUGUAGGGGUACACGGGCCGGUUUGUAGAUGUUUACCAGGAUGGACAGGAAACCGUUGCCACGUGAAGGAAAAACCAUCUAUCACCACCUUAUCACCAACUCUAGCAGAUACACAGCUGGAUUCCGUUUACGCCGGUAUCGGUAUCGGGUUGCUGCUGCUCAUAGCUGGAAUCUCUGUGUGUUUUCUUGCUUUAUGCAAGAAAAGAUGCAACUUUGUAGACAUCAGUCCAGGGAAAUACGGGGUGAUGGAUAACCCAGACUGGAGAGCAGAGCUUCCAUCAGCUGGUCGUCUCAACGCUAACCUGAAGAUGAGCGAUGAUGGUGAGAUUUCCAUCAGCGUCUACCCCUGGAGGAGAGAGGUGGAGAACUGGAACAAUGCCAAGCUAUCCUUCUCCAACCCAUUGUACAAUUACCUUCCUGAUGCUAAAGGUGCUGACAAUAAGAGCUCCGAAGCAUAAAAUCGAUGGACUUUAGAUUAGUUUGAGGGCGUGUUUCCUGUAGAGAUAACACGAAGAACAUUGGCUGUGGAGCAGCUGGACGUUGACCAGAUCAGAUCUCAAACGCGAUCAUGGAGAUUAGUCAUUUGUGCAGUUUGGAUGUCUUUUGUUGCUCUAAAAGUCUCUUAUUUUGAAAAAUAGACGUUUUGUGUAAAGGAAAAAAGAUUUUCUUCAGUGCCGGUAAACACGGAAAUCAUUAAAAACUGGGAUUGCUGUAACAUCA